AUGGACAAAAAAAACAACACCCAAGUUAUUGAAUUUAUUCUAAAGGGAUUUUCUACUGAUUCAAAUCUUCAAAUAUAUCUUUUUGGAAUAUUUUCACUUAUUUAUGCUUUAACAUUUAUGGGAAACAUGAUGAUAAUUGCUACAGUAACCAGUGAACCUAAGCUUCAUUCUCCCAUGUAUCAGUUUCUUAGAAGCUUGUCUCUCACUGAGAUCUUCUAUAUAUCAGUGACUGUCCCGCGCAUGCUUAGAGACUUACUACAGCAAAAAAGAACCAUUUCUUUUAUAGGAUGUGCUGUUCAGCUUUACUUUUUUUGUUUCCUUGGUACAACAGAGUGCUUCACUCUUGCUUUCAUGGCAUAUGAUCGAUAUGUAGCCAUCUGUUACCCUCUUCAUUACACAUCUAUAAUGACUAAGGCUAAGUGUUUACAGCUCUUAGCAGGGUCGUGGCUCUCUGGGAUACUCUUAUCUAGUGGUCAAAUUUCAUACAUGUUCAGCCUACCCUUCUGUAAUGCAAACAUAAUUGACCAUUUCUUUUGUGAUAUACUUCCAGUAGUAAAGUUAGCAUGUGCUGAUACAUUUGCUAAUGAACUUGCUAUCUUGCUAUACAGUUCUUUGGUUAUACCACUACCCUUCUUGCUUAUACUUGUGUCCUACAUUCAGAUAAUUUUUUCUGUACUCAAAGUGCCUUCAGCAGAUGGGAGGAGAAAAGCAUUCUCUACAUGUGGUUCCCACCUUACAUCAGUCACCUUGUUUUAUGGAUCAGCUACCAUAACAUAUCUAAGAACUAAAACCAACAACACAAACGGUGGUGCCAAAAUAUGGUCACUUCUUUAUGUUGUUUUUAUACCCAUGCUGAACCCUAUUAUAUAUAGUUUAAGAAAUAAAGAGAUUAAAAAUGCCAUCACCAAGACAAUU